AUUACUAUUGUCUUGUGAUAUUAUUCCCGAAUUUCCAUCAACAUUCUUCUCCAUUUUCUCCCACCUCCAUCGGCGCACGUCUCUCCGACAAUCUCUCAGUUUAUCUAUCUCAGAAUUCAGUUCCAAUCCUGUGUUUUGUCUCUUCUCCUUAUUCUUCGUGAUGAAGAGUAAAACUGCCAAGGUUUCACUGAAAUGGAUUCCUAUUUUCUCCAUUUCUUUCUUCUUCAUUGGCAUGCUUUUCACCAACAAGUACGUCUUUGCUAAUUUUCCUUUCCAAGGUUUUUUGCGAUUUAGCUCUAACGGAUUCUGUGUGUGCAGAUUUUGGGGUUCUUUGGAAUCGAAUAAUCAGCUCAUAACUCAGCAAAGAAGGGAUCAAGAGCUGCAGAUCGUCUCAGAGGAUUGUAAUACUAAGAAAAAGAAGGAAGAAGAUAAGGACAAUGAUGUAAUGAAGGAGGUUUAUAAAACACAUGAAGCAAUCCAGGGAUUAGACAAGUCGAUUUCAAUGCUCCAGAUGGAGCUAUCUGCAUCUAGAAGUGCGAGCAGAGGUGAUGGCCCGAUCCCAACUGCAAAUCAACUGCCUGUCAGGAAGAAGGCCUUCAUGGUCAUUGGUAUAAACACAGCUUUCAGUAGUCGAAAAAGGCGUGAUUCUGUCCGUGAGACUUGGAUGCCUCGAGGUGAUAAACUUCGCAGAUUGGAAGAAGAGAAGGGGAUUGUUGUGAGGUUUAUGAUUGGGCAUAGUGCAACUUCUAACAGUAUAUUAGAUAGAGCUCUCGACUCUGAAGAAGCUCAACAUAAGGACUUCCUGAGGCUGGAGCAUGUUGAAGGAUAUCAUGAGUUGUCAGCAAAAACGAAAAUUUUCUUUGCCACUGCGGUUGCAAAGUGGGAUGCUGAUUUUUAUGUCAAGGUGGACGAUGAUGUUCAUCUUAAUUUGGGUACAUUUGCUGCAACUCUUGCUCGUCAUCGAUCAAAACCCAGAGUCUACAUCGGUUGCAUGAAAUCCGGACCUGUUCUAGCUCAGAAGUCGGUUAAGUACCACGAGCCUGAGUACUGGAAAUUUGGAGAAGAGGGAAAUAAAUACUUCCGGCAUGCAACAGGACAGAUUUAUGCCAUUUCAAAGGAUUUGGCAACUUACAUCUCGAUUAACCAGCACAUACUGCACAAGUAUGCCAAUGAAGAUGUGUCGCUUGGUUCUUGGUUUAUCGGCCUUGAUGUCGAGCACAUUGAUGAGCGUAAUAUGUGCUGUGGUACUCCGCCAGAUUGUGAAUGGAAAGCACAAGCAGGAAAUGUGUGCAUUGCCUCGUUUGACUGGAGCUGCAGUGGAAUCUGCAAAUCUGUAGAAAAGAUCAAAUUUGUCCACGAACGAUGUGGUGAAGGAGAAGAGGCCCUUUGGCAUGCUUUACUGUAGGAUCUCUCAAAAGGAAAAAAGAGAGAAGGAAAUACACGUAGACUGUACAAGGCCCGUAGCAAUGCUGACUUGCUGAGGCAGACAAAGAAAUAUCAAUACCAUCACCGCACAGGCAAAAUCGUGUAACAGGUUCAAUUUCUCACUGAAGAUAGUUCUUUGAAUAUGUAUAGACGAGGAGCAAAUUUGAGUAAACGACGUUUCUCGUAGCCGGAUUCUUUUUUCUUUUCUUUUUUUUCUGAAAUGGGAGGUGAAAUACAUGUAUACAUUGUUUAGAGACUCGAGACUCGAGAGACACACGGUCUUGUUGUUGAUUAUUAAUUUAGUAGGGUUGCCGCCGGUUGUUUUCGCCAUUUCAGUUGGUUAAGUGGUGGUGGUGUUUUUACUCUAUUUGUGGAAGCACCUGGUUGGGAAUUUUCUUGCUUGUAUGGCUAUAGUUUUGUUUAAUGUAAUUGUGAGUUUCCUAUUCA